AAAUUAAUACGCUUCCGUUACUAUUUACGUGUGUAGUUAGUUGGGCUCAAAGAGGAGUUCGAAAAUUGAUAGCCAUGCAAUUCGGAAUCUACGCGUUGAUAAUAUUUGGAUUAUUUUACUUCUCGGAAGGCAAGCCAUGCCCGGAGAAGACGCGCCCACACAAAACACGUUGCGAGGCGUAUUACAAAUGUAUUGAAUUACCCUCCAAGCGCUAUGUUUGGGUGCCAGAAAAAUGCGAAUCGGGCCUGAUAUACGAACACAAUCUGGGCUUAUGCGUAUUGCCCGACGACGACUGGGAGUGCAUACUGGGAGUUAGCACACACGAUGGCAAGGUAGAGGAUAAUGAGAGGAAUAAAGCGGCGGUAUUAGGUCAAGGCCAGACGCAAACAACGAAGACAACACAAAUGAAUGUGAUGAGAGACGCAGAUUUAUAUAUUAUAAAUAAUAAGGAUGGAACUAUUACUGACGCUGAUUCGAUGACCACAUUGAAGAACGGCGCAAAUGAAAAUGAUAUGGAAGUGAUAAUAGAUAGCAGCGUGGGCAGCGAAGAAGAAGUGGAGCACGAUGACAGCCUAAUAGAGUCUAGUGGUGAUGGUGUUGGCGAGCUAAUGGAAUUAGAUGGUUUUCUGCGGGCGGAAAACCGCGAGACAGAAGAACAUCAUGAGGGGCAGCUCAUCGAAAACGAUGAAAAUGAUAUUAAACCCGACACAGCGACGAAAAAGUCAAAAAUCGAUCCCAAACUUACGGCACAUCUACAGCGAUUAUCGCAAUUGAUUGAUGGCCUGAAAGAUCAAUAUCAGCAGGGCGAGAAGGAACAAACGGAAUUACGACCCGAUCAGUUGAAUGCUUUCUUGGCGCAUUUUAAUAUACAAAACAAGUUUAAUUUGAUCAAACCUACUUUUGAGAAGAAUUCGAAAGAAACAGCAGAUACAACCACGACUACAGCGCCAGCAGAGUCCACUAUGGCGUAUGCCAAAUACCAAAUACCUUCAAAAAAUAAAACACGCCUACAAGAGCAUUUAGAUAAUAAAUUAAAGCCAGAAACAAAAGUCGUACUGACCAAUACCCUGCCGAAACAUUACGGUACUACGGGCUAUUCGAAUUCGCAAAUUGUGGUAAAUCGUCCCGAGGGUUCGGUGCUUUUUACUUUGCCACAUUACGGCAACCAGCAGACGUCUGAGUAUGGCCACAAUACGCCAAAAAUAUCUGAAGAUACUUUGAAAACUGUAUUAGAGCUGUCUAAACAAAUGAUUGCGACACAAAACAUACCAAAAAUAAUACCCAACACCGGAUAUUACGCGCAACCACUAAUACAACCACUUUUCCUGCCCGCUUCUGCCUUUCAAACCCAAGCACAAGCAAACCCCUUUGCAGCAUAUUUCAACAGCGUUAAUAAUAAUAAACCACAAGAAGACUAUGAUGCUAAUGGCGGAAAGUUUGGCCCUUUUACAGAUUCUUACCAUAACCCGUCAGGACAUAACCAGCUACUCCGACCCGCCGGCAGUUAUAACAAACCGGCCAAUACCAUCAUACACAACAACGUAAUACCUAUACAUCUGACAUCCACGAACUCGGGUGAAAAGGAAAUCGUUGACAGCUAUGGCCAAAGUUUAGGGAUUUAUCCGCCACUUAACAGUGCCGAAAGCAACGGCUAUCACCAGCAAUUCCAUACGAAUAGUUUUGGUGACAAUAAAUUUCUUAUCAGUCACACCACAACUCGGCCACAAAUUUCUACUACACCGUCACCGACCGGCUAUGCUGCACAAUAUCCUUCGCCAUUUCCUACAGAGUUAGGUGCCACUACAAUACGCCCCAUACACUUUGAACCCACAUCACCAACACUUACAGAGUACUUCUCGCCUAGUCCUCACUUAAAUGAUAAUAACGUCAAUAAGCUGUUUCAAUCGACCGAUCGUUAUCCAACGGUACAAUACGACGAUCUGCCACGCCCCAUGAGUUUAGGGCGGCCAUCACUCUUCUCGCCACAGAUGGAUAAGCACAAAGUCAAGGUACGUCCAAAUGGUCAUACAAUUGAGAGCAUGGAAGUCGAAGCGGAUGAUUACAAUGAUAACCAAGCGCGACCACUGCCGCAAUUAUUCACCUAUAACUAUGACAAUGAUAAACCUGAUAUGAGCAAUCAGUAUCAAGAGCUGGUUUAUGGUGGGCAUAGUGGUGGCAACAAGCACGCCUAUAUGCCGCGACCCUCCGCGGGUGUUGGCUCCACACGCCCAUCUUAUACAAUUGGCGCAAACAAACUGAAGCCAUAUAAUACUCAUUCCUCCUCUUCAUUUGCCGAUGGAACCCAAUUGAUCAAUAUGGGUGGAAAUUUCAUUAGCUACGAUGCCUUUCAGAAUACAAUACUGCCACUACUCGGCCAAUCACAAUCGCUUAGUGAUUUAAAUAAUGUUGAAGUUAUCACUUGCGCUACCGGCGUACGUCAACCGAACACCACCGACUGUACGCGUUACUAUGUCUGCAGCAAAAAGGAUGGCAAAGUACUCUCAUACUCCUGUCCGCCAUAUACCGCCUUCAAUGCACAAUCGCGAAUUUGUGAUGCCCAUACGUACGCGGUAUGCUCACCGGAUGCAAUUAUCAGCAGCUAUACAGUGUCGGAGAAUAAACGCUUGCAAAUGGAGGCGUUGAAAGCGUGGCAGGAUGCCAAGCGUCGACAAGAGCAAGCUAUUAAAGCGGAAAAUAUUGCAAAUUUGAUACAAAAAUAUGGUGGCCAAACACAAGCGGCGAAUGAAGAUGGCGCGCACGAGGAUAGUAGUGAGAAGAAUAUGCUGAACGCGUAUGUGCAGCAAGCAGCUGCUAUGAAGGUCUAUAGCACAACGGCUAAGCCUACAUCAGCGCCGGUGAAGAAAAGAAAAUACUAUUGCAAAGAAGGUGAUAAAAUUGCUGAUCAAACUUCUAUGAGCAGUUACUUUAUCUGCUAUAAAAAUGCGCAGGGUAUGAUGAAGGGUCACAAGAUGACAUGCACCAAAGGUUUGAUUUUCUGCACAAAAAGUGCAAUGUGUACGCUGCCCAAUAGAUGCACGUAAUAUAAAAAGACGGCGACGGCGAU